AUGGCUGUGGUUAUCGCCGUCGCAUGGACGCAUGUGGCUAUAUCAAAUGCGCUAUUAAAUAUGGCAGUUAAAAAGAAAAUAACUAUCGAGCAGAAAUAUUUAGAAGUCGGCCAUACACAAAUCGAAGGGGAUGCUAUGCAUUCUUUAAUAGAAUGGAGAAUGCGUAAUAGAAUCAUAAAUGUUCCUGGGGACUAUGUUCAAAUUAUUGAGUCUGCGCGCAAUAAUUCAUUUGAUAUCAAGUAUUUGGAACAAAAUUUUUCAAAAAGUUCCGUAAUAUUUCAAGCCACAAAAGCAUUAGCCCUGGACGAUCAUCAGGAGACCCUAGUCACCGAUAUUCGCGCACUCAUGUAUUCUCCAUCAGGAGAAAAUUCAUACAAGUUGCAGUUUGAAGAGCCAUGA